AUGUCCAACAACGUUUCGUUUUUGUCAGCCCCGUCCAAUCCAUCUUAUUCCUUUCCUUUUACUUCUUCUUCUUCUUCCGCUACCACCAACUCCUCCUCUUCCGCCUCAUCUUUUCAACAAGCCCCUUCUCCUUCUAUGCCUUAUCCACAUCCUUCUUCUUCUUCUUCCUCCUCCCACCACCAUCACGUCAGCCUUCUUCCUCCCUCCGUCUCCUCUAAUCCCACUACUACUACGACAACGGCGACUGCUUCCUGCUUUCACCAUCCCCACUCCCUCCCUUCUUCCAUCUCCUCUUCGGUCAAUCACGUCCAACCGUCCAGUGAUAUUCCCUUGUCCGAACCCCUCACUUCUUUUCUUCCAGCAAUCUCCCAGGGUUCACCAAAAUCAAGCGUCUUUCCUCCUCAGCUGUCUGCCUCUGCUCCCGACGGCUCUUACGUAGACAUGAAUUCCUUUCAUCCAAACAAACAGUCCUUCCUCUCUUCUCCAUACUAUUCCAAUACCUACUCCUCCGCUCCCUCCUCCUACUAUACCUUUGGAAAAGACGCGGCAAACGAUUGGUAUUCCGAUAUUGAUGGCAAUCAGCUUUCCCUCUCUCAGUCUGCGCCGGCAAACGAUGAUGAUUCCUACAGGCAUUAUUCUCAAGCUUCUUCCAACCUUCAGUAUAAGCCUUCCCACGUCGAUUCCGAACACGCUUACCACCUUUCUCAUUACAACGAUUUACACAGGCAGCAUUCCUACUUGCCUCAGUCGGAUCCUUUUUCGCUUCAAUCUUUUUCCAAAGAUUAUUGCCCUCCUUCUGAUACCUCUCUCCUCAUGACGCAGCAGUCCAACGAGCCGUCUGGCGCAAGUGUACCCUCUUAUAGUACACUUAUCUCACAUUUGCCUCCCUCUCCCAAUUUGACUCCCGUAAAUGUUAAUGUCAAUUUACCCAUCGUCUCACCCGACUCUUCCCUGGAUACCCUCGACAGGAAAGAGAAAAUGCAAGGUGCUCCCCAAUCCAUGUUUUAUUUCGGUACUCCGUCACCAAAAGACGGUUCUGAAAAAUCAGAUACUGAAAAGGUUCCUCCCUUACCAUCUAUACGGGAUCCAUUCUCCUUUGACGAUGCACAACGGUCGGCUACUGGUAAAAAGUACAGCCCAAACAAACCAAGGCGAUCAUCCCGUUCCAAAAUACAGGCCCCUCGCUCUCCUGGUGGUACUUCUUUUAUCUGUCAUAUUUGCCAGAAAAAGUUUAAACGCUCCGAACAUUUGCGUAGACAUAUUCAUUCUCUUCACACAACCGACAAACCUUUUGCUUGUUUUUGUGGAAAACGCUUUUCACGAAGAGAUAAUUUGCGUCAACAUGAAAGAAUGCAUGCCAACUCUGGUACUUAUUUUACGCGGUCUUUAAAAAACAAUAAUGUGUCUCCUAUUUUACCUCCUGCAUCCUCUAUUGCCCCGAACACCGUACCCAUGUCCGUAAAUGACGGAAUGUCAAGCAAGUCCUUUUUACCUGAGCAACAUCCCGUCCUACUCCCAAAGGUUUCCCUGUUUCCGAUGUAUUAUUCUGCAGACCCCAAAAAUGCCGGUUACUUAUCAGGAUGCGAAUAG